AUGGCUCCAUACCUCCAGGAGACUACUGCCACUGAGGUAGCCGCCCCCGCUCCCAAGAACCUUAAAUCCAUCACGACCAAGUCGCCAUCCACCCUCAGCUACGAGCCUGGCCACGUCCCCGCCGAGACUCACGAGACGUACGAGUACGAUGACCUCAAGCCCCGUUUCCCGGACAUCAAGUGGCCCGCUCUCGGUCCCAUCCCCUACGAGGAUAAGGGUCUGAAGGGAGACCCCAACUUCCGCAACCUGUUGGCUGGUGCCACCGACGUCUUCGACUACAACCCCAAGAUUGGCACCGAGAUCCACGGCGUCAAGCUCUCGCAGCUCACCGACGCUCAGAAGAACGACCUUGCCCGCCUGAUUGCCGUUCGUGGCGUUGUCUUCUUCCGCGACCAAGAUGACCUCGACAUCGACGCCCAGCGUGAGCUCGGUGCCUACUUCGGUCAACUGCACAAGCACGCCACCACUUCGGUCCCGCGCCGUGAGGGCCUGGAGGAUGUCCACGUUGUCUUCACUGAGGGCAACAAGGACCUCCGUUCGCUGUUCACUCCUACCUUCCUCUGGCACUCUGAUGUCACAUACGAGGUCCAGCCUCCCUCGUACACCAUGUUGAAGCUGCUUACCGGCCCCGGCCGUGGCGGUGGUGGUGACACCCUCUGGUCCUCUCAGUACGCUGCGUACGACGCCAUGUCGCCGUACAUGCAGAAGUACCUCGAGAGCUUGACUGCUAUCCACUCGGCCCAGAUCCAGGCCGACGGCUCGACCCAGAUGGGCCGUACUGUCCGCCGUGACCCCGUUGUCACCGAGCACCCGCUUAUCCGCGUCCACCCCGUGACCGGAUGGAAGUCUCUGUUCUUCAACCCUGGCUUCGUCACCAAGAUCAAGGGUGUUCCCAAGGUCGAGAGCGACCACAUCAUCUCUUACCUCAACGAGAUCAUCGCCACCACUCAGGAGGCACACGUCCGCUUCCAAUGGAACAAGAACGACGUGGCGUUCUGGGACAACCGCGUCACCAACCACUCCGCUUCGUACGGCUUCGCCCCUCACCGUCGUCACGCUGUGCGCGUCUGCUGCCAGGCUGAGCGCCCAUACUUCUCCGAGGAUGGCAAGUCCCAGGAAGAGGAGCUCAACGCCAAGUACGGACUUCCGCCUGUCAACAAAGAUGGCUCUGGCAUCGUCAACUACAACGAUUAA